AUCAGGAUCCCUGGGAGUUCAAGGCAAGGAGGACAUGAAGUAUUUAGAGCUGGUAACAACAAAAAACGUGGUAUCUGCAGCUACCGGUGUUGGAGCUGCCUUCCUGAUAGCCAAGACCAUCUUGGCAGGGAUCAACAGCCCUCCCUUCAAUCCAGAGCCACUGACCCUAGCCACCAUUUUUACAAGAUCUGAGAUAAUAGAGACAGAAACACAAGAACUGGCCAUAGUGCAUCAGAGUAAAAGUGUGACCGACUCCAGAGAACUCAAGGAACUCCUGCUCUCUCUCAAUCCAAGGCUAGAUGAUUACUCCAAGAAUAUGAUACUCCAUGGCAUCACCCGCUGUGUUUAUCUACUGGACACAGAGGCAUCUGCGUGUACUUAUGAUGAUAUUAAACUGGUAGCAUCAUUCCUGGAUGAUCCAGAUGUGGGCAUCAAGAUUCAGACUCUGCAUGCCCUCAAGGCCUUCACAGGCAUCUGGAAGUUUAGAAUCAGAAUUCAGGAGUUUAUCCCCAAGGUUCUUGAAAUUAUCGCCGAUAUAUGGGAUAGUGAUGUACAUGUUGCUGGACUGAGGUUACUCAAUGGGCUGCAGUUGCCAGAUCACACGCUUGGGCUGCUGAGAAAACUUAUGCCUGCCAUCAUGGAGAUUCUGCAGAUGGGGAACACCUUGGCUCAGGUACAGGUUCUAAAAUUCCUUAGCAUGCUAGCCCAGAAGGAAAGUCUCCUAUUUGACAUCAUGAACUGCCAGGUGCACCCUGAAUUCUUCAACCUUUUCCAAACAUCCCGGCCUGGAAACCUGCUCUUUGAGUUGCUGGUGUUCGUAGAACGACUUUGUGAGGGUCGCCUGACUCCCCACUAUCAGUCAGUGCACUGGCAAUACAAUGAGUUGUCCCUUCACGAAGUCUUGUUUGGAGAAGACUCCCAUCUAGCUGACUGUCUUCUCUCCCUCAUCAUUCAUCCUGAGGAAGAGGUACAGAUCCAAGCCUGCAGGGUCAUUCUGAAACUCCAGCUAAAUGAGGAGGGUGAGAUCGUUGGCAUCCAUGGAACUGAUUCCAACUUCAGUACCUUUUCUGACUGCAGUGUUGAUGGCUCCAUUGUUAAAGCUAUACAUUAAUCCUUUACAGAAUUUUAAAAGAGAAUUGUUUAAACUAGAAUCAUGGGAUGGGGGAGCACAAAUAGACAUGGAUAACUUGUUUCUGAUGAAGUAGACUGGAAUCCACAAAAUAUGAUGCUAGAAAUUUCUUUCUCAGUUAAUCUCAA